CUUUGGAUCAACUGACGAAAAAAUGAGGAAUCGUUCUGUGAUUAAUUCGUGUUUAGUUGUUUUUUACGAUAUAAAACGGAAAGGAAUGAAAGAGGAUUUUUCAGGAUUAUCCGGAAUAAAAGUCUGAUUAUGAUGGGCAGUCUGCCGGACGUCUCUGAGCUGAGGACACGACUGGAGAACACUCUGAUAUCUUACCAUCAUCUGGAGGAGAAGGAGUGGAGUGUGGCAAAGAAAUCGAAAGAUGUCACUGUUUGGAGGAAACCUUCAUUGGAGUUCAGCGGCUUCCUGUAUAAGGUUGAGGGAUUGGUGACGGAGGAGCCGUGCAGGAUCAUGGACUACAUUCGCCCUGGUCCAUACCGGUUACAGUGGGACAGUCUGAUGACCUCCAUGGACAUCGUAGAGACUCUGGACAAGGCGUGCUGUGUGAUGCGCUAUACCACUGCAGGACAGCUGUGGAACAUCAUCGCUCCUCGAGAGUUUGUAGAUUUCUCCUACACCACUGAGUAUCAGAGUGGCCUCCUGUCCUGCGGUGUGAGUGUGGAGUGUGAGCAGCAGGAGCAGAGCUGUGUCAGAGGUUAUAAUCACCCAUGCGGUUGGUUCUGUGUUCCUGUUGAUGGUGCUAAGGAUGACAGCGCCCCCUGCAGUCUGCUCAAUGGUUAUAUCCAGACCGACCUCAGGGGCAAAAUCCCGCAGUCUGCCGUAGACAUCGCCAUGGCAACUUCGCUCAUUAACUUCUACUCUGACCUCAGUAAAGCCCUCACAACCUAGCCGUGUUUUAGAUUGAUAAAUAGAUAGAUAGAUAGAUAGAUAGAUAGAUAGAUAGAUAGAUAGAUAGAUAGAUAGAUAGAUAGAUAGAUAGAUAGAUAGAUAGAUAACCAGCCAACAGACAGACAAACAGUUUGAUAUAAAGUGAUAUAGUCUAGAGGUCGACCGAUGGAUUUUACUGAUAACGAUAUCUUGGUUGGAUCGUUCUUUCCAUUAACCGAUUAAUCAACUGAUAGUUUUUAAAAUGAAUAAAACGCAAACAAAAAUAACACUCCAUGUAAAAUAUUACUGAACUUUAUGUAAAAAAACCCCCAAUAUUGAAUUAUGAAAAUAUGCCAAAUGGAAUAAAUAUGAAUAUAAUUAAUAAAUUAUAAAUAAUAAAUAUAGCGCUCUCCUUGCAGCGCACUCACUCACCUGUAAAAACUGCACGCAGUGUCAGUGAUUCGCCUCUAGAGGCCGCUAGAUCAACUAUCCGUGCCAAUUAAUCGACAAAACCAAUUAAUAGGUUGAUCUUUAAUUUAUAGGGUGAAAAAUCAUCUACUUCAGAUUGUUCUGUCACACACGAUCAGAAAGCGAUAUAUCGCCCCGGCCCUACAUCAAAGCAUUUUUAAGCAUAAAGCAGUUUUUUUCUAAACUUCUAUCCGUUUCUGAUGUCACAUUAGCACUAGUGUAUGAGUGUAAAUCCAGUUUGUGUGCAUAAAGAAACCCAUAUUUCAGGUCAUUUAUGUUUUCAUAUGUACAUAAAAAGCAUGAUGCACGUGAGUAAAAAUCAUUUAUCACGUUACUUGAAAAUGUUUUGCGCACAAGAUCUCAGGAGAUAUUUUAUGUCUGAUUAUAAAUGUAGGGUUUUGGUGCUGAUAUUCAGAAAACGCUACAUAUAGAUUUUGUCUAAAGGACAAAAAUCACUUGUUCAUAUCAAAUAAAUCUGAUGCUCUUCAUUUUCACCAGAUUUUUGUAUGUGUGGUGCCAAUAUUUACUGUUCUGUGGUAGGUUUUUUUAUAUUUUAAUAUCGUGAAGAAUUUUUGUAAUUUGUUGUGAAUUAGAUGAAGGGAAAUGUGAUAUUUUAUGAAACAAAGGCUCUGCUCUCUGUUUAUGAUGAUGAUGAUUAUUAUUGUUGUUAUUAUUAUUAUUAUUAUUAAAACUGUGUGUGUGAAAACA